AUGACUCAAACUUCCCAAAUGAAAGUUGUAAUAGUAGGCGGAUCGAUCGCAGGCCUAACCCUCGCACACUGUCUAUCACGCUAUGGAAUCGACUACAUCAUUCUCGAGCGCCGCCACGAUAUAGCGCCACAAGUAGGUGCUUCAGUAAGUUUGAUGCCUAAUGGAUCACGAAUUUUAGAUCAAUUGGGAAUGUUUGAUGCGGUCUCGGAAAACAUUGAACCUUGUGUUUUUAUGCAGACAUGGGAUGAGAACGGGAGGUUGCUUUCUGAAACUGAUGCGCCGAUUUUGACGGGAAAGAGAUUGGGUUACACGAUAACGUUCUUGGAAAGGGAGACACUUUUGGAAAUUUUGUAUCGACACCUUCCCGAUAAAUCGAAAGUUCUGACUGGCAAAUAUGUCAGGUCAAUUGAACAAGAUAGUAAAGAAGCGGUUGUAAUCUGCGAAGAUGGAUCAAGGUAUUCUGGAGAUGUGAUUGCAGGUGCAGAUGGCAUCCAUAGCACUAUAAGAUCAGAAAUGCGAAGACAGAUCGCAAAGGAGGGAACGACAAAAGAUCUUGAAGCGUUGAAAAGAGAUGAAAUUGCUCUUUCGGCAGAAUACAGUUGUUUAUUCGGAAUCUCUAAACCAAUUCCAGGAUUGGAAAUCGGACAUACGCAUCGCAGUUCAGGAAAGGGCGCUUCGACUCUAUUGUUUGGUGGCGUGGAUGGAAAAUUAUAUUGGUUUCUGUUCACCAAGAAUGAAGAAAGAACAUUUGGUGAUGGCAUUCCGCGCUAUAAAAAAGGCGAUGAAACUAAUCAUGUAGCAAAAUACAUGCAUCAUCACGUAUCGGGCAACAUUCUCCUUUCCGAAGUGUGGAAAAAUCGUAUCGUGGCAAAUUUUGUCACCAUCGAGGAAAUGGAGAAUGAACACUGGAAUUGGAAUCGCGUUGCAUGUCUUGGAGAUUCCAUACACAAGAUGACACCAAAUCUUGGCCAAGGAGCAAAUUGUGCAAUUGAAAGUGCAGCAGAAAUGGCUAAUAGUCUAGCGAAAGCGCUGAGAGACGACGGCAGUAAACCUGCUAUUGAAGAUAUCAACAGCGCUUUAUCGCUCUAUUAUCAGAAACGUAACGUAAGAGCAAAUUUGAUCGUGAAAGCAGCAAACAAAUUUACUCGUGUAGAAGCACUUGCUACGACGGGUGAUUGGGUCGCAUCUAUGUUUAUAAUUCCACGCUUAGGAGAUAUUCUUGCCGACCGAGGUGCAAAGGUUCAGGUUGGAGCUACGAAAUUGGACUGUCUGCCGAUGCCAAAAAGAGCAUUGGAAGGGACAAUGCCUUGGAGUACGAACUCUGGUAUUGGAAAGGAGGAGAAUCGAAAGCGAAGAGCCCAGCUUGCAUUGCCAUUAAUUCUCAUCGCUCUUUGGUUCUUCUGGAAGAAAACACCAGAACCAAAGGGAUUUCCAGUGACGAAAACCUUCUCAGAGGUGAAAUUGGACAUGCUGAGCUCUAUUGCCAAUGCCAUACCAUUUGCAACCAUCUGGACAAUUGAAAGUUACCGUCGCGGAAACGCUCUCACCGUAGCGAAUAUCUUCCCUACCGCAUUCCUUUUGCUGGCUCAAAAGCUUGGAAUUGAACUCGUUGCUCCAAUCUAUUUCUUUUUUCACUACGUUCAAUCACCGCAGGAAAAUUUUGCGGCCCUUGAUAAUCGACUGACAAAUAUAGCUUUCGCAAAAAUAUUGCCUCUGGCAAUACUUUCGAUUUUCUUGGGUCCCUCCUAUUGCAUAUGGAGCUCUAUCGAGCUUGAGUCUGCGCAAUGGAUAUACGACAAUGCUUGGUAUUGGUAUCCAGUCUACUUGACCAUUUUUUUGAGAAUUCUGAAAUUUAUCGUGAAGGACACUACUCGACUAAACAGGAUAUACAAGCCUACAGCAGAUUUGACGUAUCUACGGAUUUCAUACAGCAUUUCCAUUCUUAUUUGUGCAGCGUUUUAUCUGUACGGAAGCCUCAGUAGUUCAACAUCGAUAGCUUUCCUCACUCAAGAGCUGCAACCUCCAAUUCAGCCGAUUCAGGCGAUUCUGGGUGCUUUUUCGGAGCUUUGGGCGGCGAAACAGACCUCUUUAUACGGUGCCGCAUUUUAUUGGACAUUUCUUCAUUUCGCCGAUUUAAAAUUCGUCGGAAAAUUAAAGCAAAGCUGGCUUUUGAUUUUGACGAUAUUUCUCUCUUCUACCUUUUUGGCGGGACCAGGUGUAGGCUUGAUAGUAAUGUGGGCGUGGAGAGAGGAAAUAAUGGCAAAAAAACAUGUAGUCCCCGAGUAA